UGAGGCCGCAGGAGGGAGGAAGGCGACCACUAACAGUCUCGGCAACGUCAACAAACCACAACCUGUGCUCGUCUUCCCUCGCCUUCAUAUUCAAUGCCCCACUCGCCAAACAUGCGCUACGUGAAUGGUUGGAGCGAGUAUUUAGAGGAGGAGGAACGUGCCAAGAAAGAUGUCAACCCAGUUGGCUAUGUAGCAGGAGGAGACCUAGAUUAUAGUAAAAGACCUAGACCGAGACCUCCCAAAAAGAAUUCAAAAAGUUUAUGGGUGGCAUAUCUUCUGUGGUUUAUUGGUGGAUGGUUUGGUCUUCACCUGCUGUACUUGAGAAGAGAUCGUCAGGCUUUUGUUUUGAUUACUACCCUCGGUGGCUACAUUGGCUGUGGACUCCUUCGAGAUUUCUUUCGUAUUCCAUCAUACGUAAGGGAUGUUAAUUCAGAUGACCAAUUUUUAGCAAAUCUCUCAGAAAAGAUGAGAAAGCGUGCUAAGCCUCCCUUUAGUCUGGUACGUUUCGUGGCUCAAGUCCUUGUUGGGAGUUUAUGGAGUACCUUCGUUGCUGCUGCCAUACCAUCGGAAGAGGUUUUUGGUAUGGACUGGACUCCUUUAAUACAUCUUGCACCCUUGGGUACAGCUUUCGCUGUGUGGACCAUAGGCAACAUUGGUCGUGAACAAGGACAGAUGAAGUGGGCCAUGAUUGGCGCUUUUAUUCUGAUGCCUAUAUCGCUUUUCAAUCCACCUAUAGCUAAUUGGAGUCCACUAUGUUCUGCUGCACUCUUCACUAAGUUUGGGAAACAAUGGAGAAGGACACCACAACCUAAUACCCAUUUUUGCAAACGUAUGAUGAUUUUGAUGCUGAGCUGGUUAAUAAUGAGCAGUUUGUGGGCUUCAGCUUUGUAUUUCAAUGCAACAGUAACAGACAAACAAGGAGAACGUAUCAAGCUAAGAGAUGCUGCUAAAAACUUUCUCAACUCGCCUAUGUUCUUGAAAUUUAAGGAGAAUCUCAGAGUCAUUUAUAAAGAUGCACAGACAAAUGGAUGGAGCGAGGCUUGGAUCAAUUUUGUAGAGCUGCUUGAUCCAUUUGGGGAAAUUCAUGCUCUGAAGGUCUUGGGUUUGUCUAAAGGAGCAACUCAAGAUGAAAUCACAUCGACCUACAGAAAAUUGGCUAAAGAAUGGCAUCCAGAUCGGCAUCGAGGUGAUAAUCAAGCAGAAGCACAGGAAAGGUUCAUAGAGAUACAAGAAGCGUACGAGAAGCUCUCAGUCCUUAAGAACAGGAGACAUAAGAAGAAUAAGAUAAGAAAUUAAUGUUCAGGAUUUUAUGUGCAUUACUUACAUUUGUAGGAACUGAUAUGAAUACAAGACAUUUCAAAUGCAGGGAAAUUUGAAGUUUGGGAUAUUUUAUAUAAAAAUGUGAAUUUGAUUUUGUUAACAAUAUGUACUAGAAUCUUAUUGAUUAGGUAUACAGUAUUGCAUAUUUUACAAAAAAAUAUGUGGCUAAAGAGUAGUUAGUUGGAAGUUGAUUAGCGGUACAUUUUUAAUUAUGGUACAAUGCUGUGUUUAUUUUUUGGCAGGAAGGUCUUACUUAGAUUAUAAGAAUUUCACCACUGAGAGAUGUUUAAGGUAUUUAAAUAACUUUAAAAGAGUGUGAGCUAUAUGUAUAGUACAGUACUGUAUGUAAAAUUUUUCAUAUUUAGAUUUGAUUUUGAAAAUAUGCAAUGUAACAGAAUAUAGUACAUUGUGUAAUUGUUAAAAGGCUAACCUUGACUCAAGUUCUUAGUCCUGCAAAGGAGGUACAGUAUAUAUACAUACAUACAUAUAGCUGCAUCUGUUAUCAUGAGUUCUGGAUGUCAUUCUCAAACUUGACACAGAUAUAUUGUUUUAAAAAAUUUGUGAUGGAGGAACUUUAUAAAAUACAGGUUGUUAAAAUAGGGACUAAUAUGUCAAAAGUUUCCAUUAAUUAUAAUAAAUAACAUGGUUAGUGUUGCUCCCAAUGGGAUUGUAUUAUAUACAACUUGUGGGACAGCGAUGCUAUAUUUGUGAUGCCACAUUCGGGUAAAGCAAGGUAUAUUAGCUUUACAUGUUAACAUGUUGUUACGUGUGUGUGUGUGUGUGUGUGUGCGCGCAUAUGUAAUUAGCAAGUGUAGUUACUGGAAAAGAGCUACACUUGUGGUGUCCCGUUUUUUUUCUAUAAUUUUUGUCAUACGGCAGUUUGAAACUGCUGAUGGUGUUGGUAUCCACCACCACCUCACUUAAUGUGUUCCAACCUUCUACAACACUGUUUCUUUAGCUUGAAUUUACGGCCACUUGUUGAAGUUGUAGGUUUCACAAAUUCCUCUUUGCCAGUUGAAUUGAUUCCUGGCAAAAGAGGAAUUUUGUAUGUGGUGAUCAUUUGCCUGUUACAUAUAUACAUGCACACUGCAAGUUGCACAUAUACAGUAUAUGCGUGAGUGGUUGGGUAUUUUUGUGUACUUUGCAAAGGUUAAUUAAUGUCUUUCAUGUAAGCAUUCCAUAUUAUAAUAUAGGUGCUGCUGUCAUUACAGUGCAAAGUUUACUGAAGUCAUUCUUUAAUUAGCCAAAUGUUUUGUUAUUUAAUUUAUUUAUUAAAAAAAGUGUUUACAUUGAAACAAAUGUUUUGAUGUCCAUAGGGUUGUGCUGGGGUGCCCGAAUGUUAGGAUAGAUUUUUGUGCAUAAUUAUUUCAAACUAAGGUCUUCAACUUCUGUUAAAGAAUCUUAUAAAAACAAUUAAACGAUGAGCUUAAUAUUGUUAAACACAGUUUCAUGCAUAAAAUUAUAUUAAGAUUCAUAUGCUCUGGGUUAUAUCUUGCUGCCUAUUUAUACCUUAGUAGGAGUAUUACCCAGGAUGAAGCUUACAGGUAUCAGUUAAUGCUUGUAAUACCUGUGUGGAAUUUGAACUUGAUCUUUCAGUACAUAGUCAUCCCAUAUUAAGUGGUUUAUGAUAAGUAUUUAUUUUGAUGGCAGUUAUAGUUAUACAGACUGAGAAUGCAUCACAGCAGUAAGAAAGAAAUUUAAACAUAGGAAUGGCACAACACUUUUGAGAUAGUGUGUUCUCUUAUGGAUAUUAAUUCCCUUAGAAGGUUGCACAUGGAUGGAGCUAGUUAUGUGGUUAUGAAUGGCUGUAAAAAUAUAAAAUGCUUCAUUCAUUACCCCCACUUCAAGGAAGUAAGUCCUAUUGUUGCCUCCUCCUAGGGAAAUAACUCCCUGGGUUACACAAUCAAGGAAGGCACAUCCCAUAUACACACAGUUCUGUACAUGGUCUCUAGCCAUGGCCUCCCCUGACAGCUGAGUGGACAGCACUUCGGAUUCGUAGUCUUGAGGUCCUGUGUUCGAUCCCCGGUGGAGGCGGAAACAGAUGGGCAGUUUCUUUCACCUUGAUGACCCUAGCAGUAAAUUGGUACCUGGGAGUUAGACAGCUGCUACGGGAAUGCUUCCUGGGGGGGGACAAAAAGGAGGCCUGGUCGAGGACUGGGCCUUGGGAACGCUAAGCCCCAAAAUCAUCUCAAGAUAGCCUAAAUGCUAAGGAAAAAAUAGUGAGAAUAAGUUUUUUAGCCAUUUGCUGCAAUAAGUGACUGGUCAUCUGGCAGUUGCUAGUAAUUCAGUGCCAAGAAGUGACCUGUGUCCAGGUGCAGCAGAAUCAAAUGUCAACCCUUUCCAUACUACCAAACUGGCCAGAUUGCCUGUCUCAAACCUCUUGCCUAUAUCUAUGUCUUUGUUGACAGCUAAUGUAUGUUGUUUUGCACUUACCGAGUUAUGUAAAAGGCAUAUAUAUAAAAUAACAAAAAUAACAUACAAUAUUGAAGUAAAGUUAAGAUUUUUUAUUUUUUUAUUUAUUUUUUACCAUUUACUGUCGAGUGCUUUAAUGAUUGUUUAAUGUGAAAAUGUGUAACUUUCUUUUUCUUAAUAAAAAUGUAAAAAAACUAAUGUUGGAAAGGAA